AGAGGAGGUUGGACACGCAUCAUCAUGACGCCUUCAGUCAUGUGAUAAUUAUAAACCUUUAUAGAAUUCCUUUGAGGUCAAAGGUGAGAAUGUAAAAGCUUAUCAGUGCAAGUAAGAGCUAGAGAACGCUAAAGAGAAACAGAUUAAUGGUGCUCUGACCUCCUCUGCUCAUAUAGAUCAUAAUUAUGUUAAACAAAAAUUGGAAAAGUGUCAAAAAAAUCUAAAUACUAGUCUAGAUCCAUCUUGGAAUAUUUUCAGCAGUGUAGGGAAGGUGAGAGGGCGGUGGGAAUGCUCCUAGACCACUUCUGGCUACUUGCAGUGUCUCUGUACAGCCUACAAAACAGUGGAGCAUCGUGGUGCCUAAUGGUGCCUAAUCGGCCAUUUUAAUUAGAUUCUUAUGAGCGCACGUGAUAAAACCUGAUGGUGGAUGACGCGCGUCCAACCUCCUCUGGAAAAUUACUGACUUAGGGAAAAACGUGGGUUCAAGUCGCUAUAGAAACCUAAACAAAAUGGCCGCUGCUGCUGUUCUUCAGCCAUCCUCUAACUUAGAUAUGAGUUCUUUACCCUCUACUUCAGAUAUGUCUCAAGCCAGGCAAAGACGGAGAAGAUCGACUAGAAAAACUGAGGGAUCCGCCAAGCCUAAAAGACAAUCAGUACAACUUCUUGGAGAGACCCAUUUGAGCCUUGACCUAACUACUGCAGUGAAACCGCAGGUCCCUGGUGGUGUCCCAGUCAAUAACGUGUCACCUUUUGUGCCUGAGAGUACUGCCGAAAGCAUUGAUAAUGUUCUAACAGAUACAGCCUCACAACUGACUGAAACAGCCAGGCAAAGAAGACGAACUAGACUAAGGAAACAGACGGCUCAAAAAUCAGAAUUUGCCGAUGGAAAGUCUCUCAGACCUCAAUCUGCAGGUUUUAGAGCCCUACCAGAAUUGGAGGACAGUACUACUAGAGUCACCAACCUAUUGCAGGAGAAUCUUAAGUCAGAAGACAAUAGUGUGCCAGCCAGUACUAAAGUGAGAGGGGAAGUCCCUCAAAUAACAACGAUCACAACUGAGCAUACGGAGCACAUUGCUGCAGCAGAUGAACAGAGCGAGAAUCCUCCAUUACCAGAUCGCCCCCUGCCAGAGUUAGUUCCAGUGGACACUGGUUCUGUUGGGUCACAUGACAGAGAGCUCAGUGCUGACAUACUGGGAGUGACUAUUCAUGAAACGGACCACCUCAAAGCUAGCGUCAAGAUAUCACAUCCAUGUGUGAGAGUCACUAUUGUGGACGCCUCUUUAGACAGUCGUGGUGAUCUAUUGAAGAAAUCCCAGCCUGACAGAUGUGUUACCUCAUUUUAUGAGAGGGGAAACCCUGAUGUGGAUUACAUUUUACCUGUUUUGACCCAACCGUACAAAUGUACAGACAACAGUGAGAGUCUCCAGCCUACCUGGGAGGAAACAAUUGUCUUUAACGAGCGACUGACCAAUUUCACAGAUAAUGAGAAUGUCGUCAUUUUCUUUGAACUUCUAGACUUUUCGACUUUCAGCUCCAAAAACACGAGCAGACAGAGAACAGUAGCUAACAGUGAGCAGACCCCGUGGUACCAUAUUGCAUGGGGCUUCUUGAGACCGGCUGGGAAGAUCAGCAAGAGCAUGAUGGGUCAGAGGAGUAGAGUCCAGCUGUACAAAUUCCCCAAACGAAGGUUCAAGUCCUCAACAGAGAGCAAAGAAGUCUUUGAUUUGUGGCUGAGGCACUAUCGCACACAUUAUCCCAGUACCCUGUAUGUCACAGUAAAGGCACUGCCUUGUGAGAGUGAAGAGGAGCUAGCACAGACUCUACUGGGAAGAUCCUUGGAUCCUACACUGGCUGAAGUAGGCACUCAUACUUUCGAGCAGUUAGUGCAAAAGCAGCUAAGUGCCAAGAGUGUGUCCAGUCUGGCUGCCCUGCCCUAUGCACUGCUCUCAGAGACCACUCGUCUACCUGGACAGCUCUGUCACCCACCUACCUCACACUUGGCCACUCUCCACCCUACUAAGAACGGUUGCUCGUCACUAAAAUUCUCUCACUCUGGCCGACUCUUAGCAGCUGGGUGUGCCGACAACAAUGACCUCUAUCCUGUGAUCAUCUAUGAGGUGCCUUCAUUCCAACCCCUGUUGGUGACAGAAGGACAUAAAGGUAUUGUAUACGAUAUGUGCUGGAACACCAGUGACAGUCACCUCGCCACUGCCUCAGCAGACGGCCUAGUCAAGCUAUGGUCGAUGAGCAGUUCCUCUCCUGAGCCAGUGUUCAUCCUGCCCCAUCCUUGCUAUGUCUACUCCGUAUGCUUUGCCAGUGAGGGUCUUGUCUUCACUGGUGCAUACGACGGCAACAUCAGACUAUGGGUUCUUCCCCCAGCACCACCCACCUCUCCUCAGUUGCUGUGUGAGCUUCGAGGGCACACUGGUCUGGUGAACUGCUUGGUGUGUAGGGAGGGAUCACUGUAUGCUGGGGACAGUCAAGGGGAGGUGGGUGUGUGGAAGGAAGAGCAGGGGGAGUGGCAUCUCAUCAGGAGAAUCAGUGUUGUCAAGGGAUGUGCAUUAACAUCGAUGAGCCUUCAUCCAAAUGGGCGCAAACUCCUCCUACACACUGUCAAAGGAUCAAUUGUUCUCUUGGAUCUUAGAAUAGAGCGUGUGUCCUGUGAGUACAGUGGGUUCACAAUCACUCAAUCUCAGCGCUGCUCCAGCCUCAUCUCUCCGUGUGGGAGUUUGGUGUUUGCUGCUGGGGCACCUGGAGAGCUGCACGUCUGGAAUUCUGAUACUGGAAAGCUGUGUUUUUCUUACAACCAAGAGCAGCUUCCUUUAAAGUCUACAGUGUCUGCAGUGGCCUUCCAUCCCAGCGAGCAAAUGGCAGUUUUCUCUGCAUAUGGACCUCAUGAAUCUAUUGUUGUCCUAGUGCAGAAGGUUGACCAUUCAGAAAUCCCUGCUGAAAGCACACGGAAUCGAGAGAAACAGGUAAAGUCUGCUGUUUCAAAAGAUAUAAAAACUUCGUUAAAAGCUUCAGUCAAGUUUAGUGAAAUUGCUAGAACACUGAACAACAUUACUGCUUUCACUACUUCUUCAUAAUAAUUAUUUUUGUAUUCAUUAAUAUCCAAGUGAAAAUAACAUUCAAAAUAA